GUCCUGCGUGUGUGUGACACUGUGAUGUGCCUGUGGGGAAGGGAGCUCAUAUCUCUGCCCGUGCCGUGGAUGUAGGGGAAAGGUCGCUCCUCCUUCCUUCCCUGGGUUCUAUUAGCAUUUCAUUCACACGGACAGAAGGAUGCAGAGUGCAAUGGAGUAUGCCAAUGCCCUGUCACCCAAGGUAUUAAUAAGAUCCUUUACUACUGUGGGUGCCUCACUUUCACGAAAAGUUCUAUUUCCACCUCUUCCACCUCCGCAGCGACCUUAUCGCGUCUCUAACUAUGACAAUAGCAAGCGAAAAGGUGUGGUAGCCGGGACAUUAAAGGAACUCAUUGAAAAGGCCAUUGAAACUCUGUUUAUAGCUGCUAGCGUGGUGACCUUAGUGCUGGAGGAAGAUGGCACUAUUGUUGACACUGAAGAGUUCUUCCAGUCUUUAGAGGACAACACACACUUUGUACUCCUUGAAGGACGGCAGAAAUGGACACAAGACAAUAAGGCUUCACGUUCAGCCCAGCAAGUGAACAAGAAAGGGAUAGCAAACAUUACACUGGACUUAUACAAGUUGAAUCCUAAGGAUUUUAUUGGCUGUUUGAACAUAAAGGCAACAUUCUAUGAAAUGUACUCCAUAUCCUGUGAUUUUCAAUGCUUGGGUGCAAAGAAGAUUCUGCGGAGUUUUCUGCGGAUCCUGUCGCACCUCACACAAGUGGCUGGGCAUUUGCUCUUGUACUGUGGCGCAUUUAUGAUGCAGUGGACAGAGGAUACUGAUACAGGAACAUUUAGGAUGAAUCGGAACUCUUAAAAUACAGCGGAACUUCCUAUGUCAGCUCCGUCGGUAUACAAGCAGAAAUUCUUGGGUCUAGCUAGAACUAAUGGCAGCAAUAUAUUUUGCGAACUAAACACUUACAAGGCAGUCAGCAAAUAUUUAAUCAUGGGCAUUCUUUAUCAUUUGCACUUUAGUACAGAAUGUAUUUUUGUUUUGUAAAUUACACGUUCUGAUGUGACAAACUAUCUGUCCUUAUUUUGCAUUCUCUUCUCUGCUGUUAGUACUGUAAGAAUCUAACUGAAUCAUUCUAGUAUAAAUAAUGGUUGUUUACAUUGUAUUGUGUAUGUUUUAGAUAUGGUAAAUAUAUUGCUGUCAUUGGUUACAUUUUAGAUGGGUUUUUAUGCCACUACUAACCUUUUGAGGGUCAUUAUUUAAUUACAUGUAGCCACAACCCUUCUGUGACCACGACUACUACCACUACGAAGUAGUUUGGGAGAGUUUGUACUGUGACUAAUCUUAUGAAGCAAGGUGAAGGUUAUUUAUUCUAUGUUAUAGUUUUAUUUUUUCACAUUGGUGCUGCUAUAACAUUUAUGUAAUGAAAUAUUGUGUAUUUUGUCAUGAGCCGGAAACCAGAUCAAAAAUAUUUUGAUACUGCAAAUUCCAACGGAACUCCACAUUCAGAGCUGCCAUUUCAUGUCAAUGUGUCUGAAUUUUAGACCUAUAUGUUUGGACUUUUUUAAGCUGCUUCUCAUUUUGAGCAACUUGUCAUGUAAAAUUCCAAUAUUCGUAUUUAAAAUAAUUGUGCAUCUAUACAGCCAUAUGUGGUUUUUCUAUCAGGUUAAAGGUCUGUCAAUAAGGUUUAAUGGGUCUUGUUUUAAUUUUUUGUUUUAUUCUGUAUAGGGAGUUUUGUUAACUUUUUAUAUCUUCGUUAAUUGUAGACCAGUCAUGAUAAAAAUGAGGAUGUUUGCCGUCAGCAGAUUAGUUACACAUCUUUUAAACAUGCCUUUCAGUCUGAAACACCCUGCUCCAGUCAAUGUCUGUGAGUUGGAAAGUAGUUUACAUCUCCAAAUGGUAUUAAAACUUAGACUAUAGUUUUACAAUGCAACAGUUUUUUUUAAAGACUUCAAAGUUUUUAAUAAAAUCAUUUGUUUGUUGUUCUACAUGA